GGUGAGCACAAUCUUUUUUGUGUAGGUUGUGGCCAUAGGAGGCUUGUAUUAUUGGUGGUGGAUUGGUGGUGGAUGACAGCUGUAAACAAGCUCCAGGGAAGCUCCGGAGGAGGAAAACUCAAAGCGCGGUAAUAAAGAAGAGGAACUUAAAAUGGUGAGGGGUAAAGCCUUGGUCCACUGUGGGCUGGUUCUGCUGAGUUUGUGGCUGUGCAUCCAGUCAGUGCCUAUCAAUGUGGACAAGACCAAAGCAAAGCCCCAAGAGGAGGAACUGGGGCCACCACAGAGUGCUGAGACUGGGCUGCACUAUGACCGCUACCUCAGGGAAGUCAUCGAGUACCUCGAGAAAGACCCCCACUUUAAAGAAAAGCUCAAAAAUGCAAACAUGGAUGACAUCAAGCAAGGCAAACUUUCCAAAGAGCUGAACUUUGUCCACCACAACUUUCGGACCAGGCUGGACGAGCUAAAGAGGGAGGAGAUGAACAGGCUGCGCAUGCUCAUCAAAGCCAAACUUGACAUUCAGGGAGGGAAUGGCCGGACAGUGGACCACCAGGCCCUGCUCAAACAGUUUGACCACCUCAACCAUAUGAACCCCAACACUUUUGAGGUGGAGGACCUGGACCGCCUCAUCCAAUCGGCGACCAAAGACCUGGAGAACUUUGACAAGGACCGCCACGAUGAGUUCAAGAGGUAUGAAAUGAUGAAGGAGCACGAGAGGAGGGAACGUCUGAAGGCCAUGAAUGAGGAGGACCGAAAGAAGGAGGAGCAGCACUACGAGGAGAUGAGAAAGAAACAUGCCGACCAUCCGAAAAUCAACCACCCGGGCAGUGAGGACCAGCUGAAGGAGGUGUGGCAGGAGUCAGAUGGUUUGGACCCAGAUAACUUUGAUCCCAAGACCUUCUUCAAAAUGCACGACACCAACGGAGACGGCUUCUUCGAUGAGAGCGAGCUUGAAGCUCUCUUCACUAAAGAGCUUGAGAAGGUGUACAACCCCGAAAAUGAAGAAGACGACAUGGUUGAGAUGGAGGAAGAGAGACUGCGAAUGAGAGAGCACGUUAUGAAUGAGGUGGACACUGAUAAAGACAGACUCGUGUCACUGAACGAGUUCAUAGCGGCCACGAAGAAGGAGGAGUUCUUGGACAAAGACGAGUGGGAGACUUUAGAUAAAAGCCCCCUUUACACCGAGGAGGAGCUGAGAGAGUAUGAACAGCAUCUGGUCAACGAAGAGAACGAUAUCAACCAGAAGUCAGCCGAGCUGCAGAAACAGAGGGAGGAGCUCGAAAGGAAACAGGAAGAACUUAAUGCUCAGAAGAUGGGGCUACAGCAGGCAGUAGAAGAAAUGGAAAGGCUAAAAGCUGAGGUCAAACAGUCGGUCGCUCCUGUAGCUGAAGGUGAACCAGCACCAGUCGUACCAGCCAACAGUCAACCACUGCCCCCUGGUCACCAGCAGCAAGAUGUACCAGUGCCAGGACACUCUUAGCAGGCCUCAAUCCUCUGUGUGCUGUAUGGAUGCCAGUGAGCGUGUGUGUUUGUGUGUGUUUGUGUGUGUUUCCCUUGUAAUGAUUCCAAUUUUACAUUUGUGUUUAGGAUUUUCAAAACACCACUUGAUAAAAAAAAAAAUCUGCCUAAAUAUUAAGAGCACAUAAGAAAAUCUGAUUUCAGGCUUCCGAUUCGGUGCCAGUGCCCAUUAUGCCCGAUUGGGCCGCAUAAAUCAGAAAUGUGGAUCUGCUCCAGUUUUCUUCGUGAACAAUCGGCCCUUUUGUUUUUGUCAUUUUGAUCUUUUAUCACAGCAAGGACUUUGUUCUCCAUGGGAAGUGCUUUGGGGGGGCUGAAAAGUGAAUGUUUUGUUUAGUGCACACACUGUAGUUCAUUGUCACUGAUAUUGUCUCCUAGAGGAAAUACUUUGAAAAUGAUUUAUUUAUUCUAUUAAAUAGAGCAGAUUAUGUAAUAGAAAUGAAUAUCAGAAACUUUAGAGUUUAUGUAGCGCUGCUGGCUCGAGAAGAAAAUGGUCCUAUUUGCUUUUUUUCAUGUAGUAAUAUAUGAGAAAUAUUUUCUGCACGUUUACUUACAAACAUUCUGGAUCUAUAAAAUAUUGUUUCUUUAAUAACUUGCAUAUCACCAUGUCUAUUUUCACACUGGUUUCCUUUUAAAAUGUGACCAUGUGUAUGUAUGAUGGUUUCCCAGAGGAAAAUUUUGCAGCUUACAGUAGUCUUUUCUUUGUCUCAUCAGAAAUAAAUCAGCUUCUUAUUUGGAGAUGACUAAAUUCUGAACCUGCUCUCAGGAGAAAUGAGGAGCAAAGAAUAAAUCAGCAGGAGUUCUUUUGCUGGGCUCAUAGGCGUCUCAGAGGUUUCUUAAAUCUGGGAACAGAUACACAGAGUUGAGACAAAUUUCUGAGAUUGUACAGGCUCAUUUAUGAGGCAAUCAAGUUUUUUUUGGAUCUUACUGUUACCUUAAGAGCUGAUUAUUUCAGACAGACAAAGAUUAAGAGAGUUAAAAGCGCUUUUUAAUAUCUCAAAUUCAGGCUAAGAUGAGAGGAUGACUAUUUUUCAGGAGCUAAAUUUAAGAAGCAUGAGAAAUUAGUCCAAAUCUCAUAUUUAUGUUAUAUUGAACUCAGUUAUGUCUGGAUAAAUAAGAGAUCUUAUGUUUUAAUUGCACUUUCCUCUGGGCUGAAACUUAUGCUAUUAAUCACUAUUUAUAAAAAUCACAGGUGAUUUUGUUGGUGAAUAUUCUCAGUCAUCCAGGUCAUGGUAAUUUGAAAUGCUAUAUUGUAGGCAACUGGACUUGCUUGAGUUCCUUGAAGACGUUUGACCUUUCAUUCAGUUCGAAUGGACUGUGCGGAGUUGCAGGCUUUACACUGUGUGGGUGUAAACUCUUACAGAGUCGUUGGAAUCAUGUGAUGAGAGGUUAAACGUCUUCAAGAAACUCAAACAAGUCCAGUUGCCUACGAUAUAGCACUUAGGAUCACAGGUGAUUUAGUUCUCUGAUACCUCUUAACUGUUUUAUAUAAGCUCUUACGAGGACUGCAGGCUGCAAACGUCACCCACAGUUCUCUCCAGUGAUCAUUUUGUUUUUUAAGACCUUUUGAAACUUAUUCAUGUACACAGCUGAAAAUUUCCUCUGAACGUUAUUUUCUACAAAAAAUGCAAACAUCCUUUGGACCAGAUGAUUGAAGAACAUAUUUAGUUUACAGAUAAAGUUACAUUUAUUUAAAUCUUUUAAUUUAAUUUAAUAUAAUUGUGCUGGUGUUAAGAGUGAUGAUUGUGUGGAUUCUGAAGUGGUUGUGUGUGCGUACUGUGUGACUGUGAAUUUGUCAUUUUUUCAUGAUAGAAUAAUGUUUAUUAAUUCUCCACACCACUGUAAAUGGUACUGCAGCAGGUUGAAUUUGCCCUGGUGUCUGUCAUAGGAGAUGAGAAACUUUAAUUAAACUACCAAAAAGAGUCAAAGGGUCAAAUUUAAGGACUCAAAGAUGGUCAAUCUGUUGAGCAAUUGAGGUAUAAUAAAUGAGUUGAUAUUAUUUCUUAUGUCGCUUUUAAGAAACAUUUAAAUCAAUCCACCGCCCAAAGUCCUGUGUGAGGAAUUCAUGAACCUGUUAUGGUGUACAAGGUUUGAAUGUGGACAAUAAAGUGAAUGAGCUUGCAA